GCCAAAAUGGCGGCGUCCUGCGUGGCGCUGCUGGCUCUGUGUGUGUCCCUACCGCCGCUGCUGCUGGUCGCGUGGAAGCGCUGGCGGCGGGGGCGCGCGGCCCGGCACGUCGUGGUCGUGGUGCUGGGCGACGUGGGCCGCAGCCCCCGCAUGCAGUACCACGCACUGUCGUUGGCCGAGCGCGGUUUCUCCGUGUCCCUCCUGGGGUUCUGCAACUCCAAACCCCACGACAAGCUCCUGCAGAAUGACAGAAUUCAGAUUGUGAGUUUGACUGAACUUCAGAGACUUGCAGUGCUACCUCAGAUCCUCCAGUAUGGAGUCAAAGUUGUGUUUCAGGCAGUGCACUUGCUGUGGAAGUUGAUGUGGAGGUUGCCCGCAGCCUACAUUUUUCUCCAGAACCCCCCGGGCCUGCCCGCCAUUGCCGUCUGCUGGUUCGUGGGCUGCCUCUGUGGGAGCAAGCUGGUCAUCGACUGGCACAACUACAGCUACUCCAUUAUGGGUCUUGUGCACGGCCCCAGCCACCUGCUCGUCCUGCUGGCCAAGUGGUACGAGAAGCUCUGCGGGCGCCUGUCCCACCUGAACCUGUGUGUGACCGACGCCAUGCGGGAGGACCUGGCAGAGAACUGGGGCAUCAGAGCUGUGACCGUCCACGACAGGCCCGCAUCUUUCUUUAAAGAGACGCCCUUGCAUCUGCAGCACCAGCUCUUCAUGAAGCUGGGCCGCACCUACCCCGCCUUCAGGGCCUGCACUGAGCCCUCGGACCCGGGUGCGGAGAGGUCGGCCUUCACGGAGCGGGCCACACGGAGCGGGCUGGUGACGAGGCGUGGGGGGCGGCCAGCGCUGUUGGUCAGCAGCACGAGCUGGACAGAGGACGAGGACUUCUCCAUCCUGCUGGCAGCACUAGAAAGGUUUGAGCGGCUGGUCCUGGAGGGGGCGCGCCUGCCCUCGCUGGUCUGCGUGAUCACAGGCAAAGGGCCCCUGAAGGAGUUCUACGGCCGCCUCAUCGGCCAGAAGCACUUCCGGCACAUCCAGAUCUGCACCCCGUGGCUGGCGGCGGAGGACUACCCCCUGCUCCUGGGCUCGGCGGACCUGGGCGUGUGUCUGCACAAGUCCUCCAGCGGCCUGGACCUGCCCAUGAAGGUGGUGGACAUGUUUGGCUGCUGCCUGCCUGUGUGCGCCGUCCGCUUCCGCUGCUUGCACGAGCUUGUGAGGCACGAGGAGAACGGCCUGGUGUUCACGGACGCCGAGGAGCUGGCCGCUCAGCUGCAGCUGCUUUUCUCAAAUUUUCCCGACCCUUCUGGCAAGCUACACCAGUUCCGGAGGAACCUGCAGGAGUCAGGGCAGCUCAGCUGGGACGAGAGCUGGAGGCGCACGGUGCUCCCACUGAUUGUGGACACGUGACCCCAGACCAAGGCCCCAGCCCCGCGCUCAUCCCUGCUGGACGGUGGUGGGACCUGCAGGUUGAGCCCGAGCCCCUUGCUGCCUCCUCCCUCUGCCAGCUGGGGCCCAGGUCCUGGGCAAACGUGGGGAACAGCACCGCCCAGUGGCCGCAGACGGAAGGACGCGGCGCCUGGCCGUGGCUCCUGGCUUGCAGCCGCCCAGCCUGUGUCCUUCUCCAAGGCUCCGGGCCACUCCUUUCCUCCUGUUCCCCGAGCCGCGUCUUCCCCCAGCUCAUUACUAUUCUUUUCUUGGCUGUGGUGUCUUCACCCUGCUGUCUCUAGGCAUCCCCUUUGCAGGCAUCUGCCCCGCGGAGCCCCAGUACCUGUUCCCCCUUGAACACAGCCCCACGCAGGCGCUGAGGGCCGCUGUGUCCAGGGGCGGCACUCGAGGCACACAAGGGUGGCUUUUUAGUUGCCCAAGUAAGAUAGUUUCUCUGGACCAAAAUUCCCGUUUCUGACAGAUGUGGUUUGCCUGAGAAUCAAAAUUAGGGCCGCCCUUGUCGGUGCAGGGGGUCAGUCUCAGCGCUGUCGUGCCUCAGCCUGGGUCCAACCCCCGGCCAGGGAGUGACCCACACGGCGCCGCAGACCCUCCUGUGUCCCCACUGCUCCCCUCAGCGGUCGA